AAUUUAUUGCUCCCAAAAUUAUUUGCGCGACGUAAAUCGCAUUGAACUUUGAUAUGACUCCGCCUUUUGACACACAUAUGAUCCUGUUCUGCUGGUUCAGUUAGAGCAACCACGUUACUGAUUUUUGACAGUUGAUCAACUGCAUACUUUCGUGCAUUUUAAUCGUACACAAAUGAAUUUUUACGCAAAGUUAUUGUUGCUGGGCAGCACAUGCGUUGCUUUCAUCGCGUUUCGAUGGAGCGCUCCAUCAUUUAAUAAAGAGUCCUUGAAAGGUUCCAGGGUGCUGGUGACCGGCGCCAGUACUGGCAUCGGCGAGCAGCUGGCGUACCACUACGCCCGUUUAGGAGCCCAACUCGUUAUCACGGCGAGGAGAGCAAACGUCCUAGAACAGGUUGCGAGUAAGUGCUUGGAAUUGGGAGCUCAAAGGGCCUUGUUCGCCCCUGCGGACAUGGCGAGCCCCUCGGAGGCUGAAAAGGUCGUGCAGUACGCCAUCGAACAGCUCGGGGGUCUGGAUUACCUGGUUCUGAAUCACAUCGGGCCCAGUCCAUACGGAAUGUGGGAUGGAGACGUGGAGCACACUCGAUGGCUGCUAGAGGUCAAUUUUCUUAGUUACGCACAGAUGACUCAGAAAGCUCUGCCAACUCUUGAAAAGAGUAACGGAUCGAUAGUUGUGGUUUCCUCCCUGCUAGGUAAAAUAUGCGGCCCCUUUGCUUUGCCGUAUGCCGCAACGAAAUUUGCACUCAAUGGUUUCUUUGGAGGCCUUCAGCAUGAGCUAGCUAUGCAAAAAAGCAAAGUGUCCAUAACCAUCUGCAUACUCGGCCUGAUCGACACAGACAGCGCAAUGGAGAAAAUCAAAGGUUACAUCAAUAUGACUGCCUACCCUUCACACGAAGCUGCCUGGCACAUUAUCGAAGCUGGAGCAUCUCGACGGCCUGAGACCUUUUACCCUUGGUACACCUUCUACGCCUGUAUAUUCAGGGAUUGGUUCCCAUACGCCAGGGACCAGGCCAUUCAAAAGUCCUACACAUAUAAUCCACAAGUUACCAAAGAACAAGUUUCUGGAAGAUGACAGCGGAAAAUCGACUCGUGGAGCGGAGCAUUAUAGGUUAACGUAUCGUGCUUUUACGCGCCAAGCCCCGGUGCUCAUGUGGGUGAUGAGUUCUUCUCUCUGUUGUUAAAGACCAAAAAUAAAGCUAUACCCUACUAAGAAGUUUUUUAUGAUUAAGGUGAUCUGCAUUACAUCAUCAAGCACACACUGCGGUAAAUAUUAAAAGAGUUUAGCAUUGUGUGUUUUCCCUGUUCGCAAACGUUGUGCACUUUUUGUGUCAGAAGCUGUCAAAAACCAUAUGUUUCAUGUAAUCAGGACGCCGAACGGAAGUUGCUUUGUCUGCUUCAGCUCUGUAAAGCCCUCUGGACUUACCUCACACUUUCUUAUCAGCCGCACACGCUAUCGAUGUUUGUAAACUCUACAGUAAAGAUGUCCCACUGAAA